GAGAAGGAAUAGUCCGUAAAAAUCAUUCUCCAACGUCUCGUCAACAGAUAUUGUAUAUUGUCAAGACCGUCUGAAAGUCAAAACUACAUCAUGGCAUUUGCUGGAAGUUACAUUCUUGAAAAAAGGGAAAACUACGAUGAGUUCGCUCAAGCAAGCGGCGCAACCGCAGAUCAGAUUGCCAAAGGGAGCAAAGUGUUCCCUACGACUGAAAUCUCAGUGAACGGAGACUCCUACACGGUGACACGUAAAUUUCCAAACCAAACUACGACUAAUUCCUUCACCCUGGGAGUUCCAACAGAACUUACUCUGGUUGAGGGCAGAAAAGCAACGGCAACUACAACUCUCGAGGGUGGGAAACUUGUCACGCAAAAUGCAAAUUUCAAAUCUGUGACAGAACUUGAUGGUUCAAACUUGGUGGAAACCAUAACCUUCAACGGGAAGACAAUGAAGAGAAUAUCAAAGAAACAGUAAUCCAAGUGUCCUUUUACCAAUCGUUUUGAGCACAAAUUCGAUUAUCAACCUAGUUACGAAUCGUAAUUUUUUUAAUCAUAUCUGGUAGAGUAUGAUUUGUGAAUAACUUUUGCUAUUUUAAUCACAAAUAUUACUUGUUUGGUUUAUGUCUAGAGAACAAAUUCUUUGUCUGUGUAGAGCUUUAUGCCUAGAAGUCAUAACUACCCCGUUUUGUACUAUAGAAGUAUUGAACAGUUAUGGAUUAUGUGACUUUCUGCUUUUGAAUAUAAAAUUGUUAAUUUGCAAACUUUGCUUGAAAAUGUGUUUCGUGCUUGACAUUAAUGAAAAAUAAAAAUAUGUAUUACUGAU